GCACAGAUCUGCCGUUUGUUUCAGUGAGCAGACGAUCACAUGCAAUGUCUUGCAAAUUUAUUCGUAGCCUUUCAACUUGUUCAUGUUCUAUCACCCUUCCUGCUUCAAACUCACAUAUAUGUUAUUUAGAUCAACAUAAAGUAGUUUAUGACUUUGAUGUGGAAGGAAAAUAUUAAUGCUUUUCAUAAUUGAAAGUCUGAAAAUUGUGCUGUGCAUUUGUUUGCAGUCUACUCUGAUACCCCUGGAUAAAAUCUAUUGCUAUCAGUUUCUUAAUGGUGUCCACACAUGUGUGAUUUAAUGUCUGUAUAAAUAGCUGUUGCUUGAAGGUUUGUUAAAGAGCAUCAACAGGAAAGGGGAUACAAAUGAUUGCACGAAUUUUCCGUUUUUUAUAUGCGAAUAAAACGUAUUACUUCCACUUCACAAUUACGCACUACUUUGUGUUGGUCUAUGGAUUCCCAAUGACACACACAAGUUAGUGGUUGUAACCUGAAAAAUGUCAAAAUUUGACGAGUGUGCAUAUUGCAACACACGUGAUUAAGUGCAGGUAAUUAUUUGUUUCCGUAACAGUUCAAUAUUUAGAAAUUAGGUUACAGAAGUCUGAUCAGUUGUCAGAGAAUGCAUCAUGUGGAAGAGUCUCUGCAAUACAAAGAACUAUUCAUUUACUGCACCUAUUUAUUUUAAUUCCAGUCCUCCAGGUUCACCAUGCUUCUUAUUUCUGGUGUCUUGAAUUGUACACUCCAAAACCAAGAUUAUUAAAACAUUUCCACUGAUCUCCCCCCCCCCACUCUUAUUCUCUCUAUCUAAGUAGGUGGGUGUUUUACUUGCACGCUGUGCACAAUACCAGGAAAGCAUAUCAACCAAAGCUUAACAAGGUUCCAAUUUCAAUGUAGGUCUGGAAAAAUUCCCAAAUCCUGGCCUGGUCUCUUCUUGCCAAUUAUCUUCCAACCAAUCAGCGCUUGAAAAGGCGUUUCCUUUCCUGUGUUUGUGGUUGUGGAAGCCCCCCUUCGAGGGGCCUGAAGUUUGAAGAGCAGCCGCCGCGGGUGGCUGGUCUAACGCAGUCUCUUUGAUUCCUGCACAAAUGUAAAUGAACGUUCCCACUGUACCUCGUACGUUUUGGCGUGAGGCUCGGGGAGUCUGGUGAGCUUUACAAUUAAGGCGAAGGAAGUUGAAAGGCAGUGGAGCUGUUCGGGGAUUGAGUCCAACCCCCCCUCAGGUUAAUGAUAUUUCCAGUCUGCAGCCCUGCGUUCAGAACGGGAAGAGGUUUUUUUUGCGGUAACACGAGGGGACGCGAAACCUAGGAGAGUUUCUCUGUCACAGGCGGCGUCAGCUGGACUUUUUGCAACUUACGACCAGAAAUGGUUGGUAGCUUGGACUUGCCAAAUGUAAUCGACGGAGAUCCUCUGGAUAUGAGCUGCACCAGGACAGAUAGAGGACUCGAUAGCCCGGACUCUGGUUUACCCCCGAGUCCGAGCCCAAGCGCCUGGUUGCAGCCCGUGGGUGCAGAGAAAGCCGGUGGUGUGAACCUGGUGUCUGAGGAAGAAGGAAGGGCCUCUCUGAUCUCAGCUUCUUCAACAGUUGGAAAUCUCCCACAACUGCAGCCUCUGUCCUUUGGAGAAGGCAUAGCCCUUGAUUUGCUACCAUCAAAAGAACUGAGAUACACGUCAUUCGUGAACUAUGACUCGGAACGUCACUUCAUCCAAAAUGUGGCCCUCCAGCCGAGGGGCCAGGGCCUCCAACACUGCCAGCAGACAAUUGUGGCUUUACCGCACAGUACGUGGCGUCACUACAAGACCCAGCUGGACUUCCAGCCCUGCCAUCGACCCAACCGCUACAGGAGCACCACGAUCAUCUACCCCAAGACAACUAGCACAGUCUACAUAACGGAGCUGAACUACGACUCCCAUCGACUGUCCAGGCGCUUCUUGUCCAGCGUGGAGCUGGAGGUGGCUGGGAGCAGGCGGCUGCUUCAGUGAAGGAGGAGGAGAUGAGGGGGCAUCCUGUCCUGAUGUGCCCACUUAAGUUGCACUGAAAGUCAGUUCAAGCUCACUUGUUUAGUUUUUUUGUUUUGUUUUUUUCUAUUUUUGUCUUGUAGUUUUUUUUUUUUUUUUGCUUCUCAUCACAAACAGAAACGUCUAUAGACUUGGUAAUCGUUUCUCUGGCCUAUUGUUUUGUUUAUAGCCCACCUGAGUGGUAGUUUCUGGACUAGAGGUCAUCAUAGUUAAACCAGCUAGGUCCUCCUUCUUGGGCUUUUAAAAAAACCUGAACAUCUACCGAAUGCUGUUAUUGUUGUAGUCUUUUAUCAGAUGUUUUUGUGCUCCUGCUUGAUCAGAGAGUGGAGCUUAUUUCUGGGAGGAGGUGGAUGCGUUUGCUUUUGAAGCUUAAUGUUGAUGCCAGCCACCGACCUGCUGUGGUGUUUGUGCAAUUUCCUUUUAGUCGCUGUCCAAAACUGUGGAUAGGGUGGAUCUGCUCUGGUACAGCAAAGAUGAGAAUCGAUUUUUACAAAGUUGACCUUUUAUGUGUUUAUGGCCCGGUAGGUUUAUUGAAAGUACUACUAAGUGCUCCUUUAUUCUGUGAGAUGUUUUUUUUAUCUGGGGACAGAUGUGAACCAAAAUGAGUCGUUUCCGUUAGCACACCCGCUAGCAUCUGGUCAAGCACUCAAAGCAUUUUAAUUUCUUUAAAGAUUCAUUACCUUUUUAAAGAUGCAUCAGGGCUUUUAAUUGGCCUAUGUGUCAAUCUAAGUAGUUUUGACAUGAGGGAUGUUGAACAGGUUGCGUUGGAGUUGAUGGGUAUUAGAUGAGAUCCACAUUCUUUGUAGGUGAAAUUCUUUUCCAAGACUUGCAGGUUCUUAAUCUUUCCUUAUUUGCAGAGUAUGUUCAACGGUGUAAUGCAGCCGUCUUCCAUCCCUCUUUAUAAACAUUAAUAUGCACAUCCAUUUCAUGUGAUCUAAAAGCUAUGAAGAUGUGUUUGUUUCCAGUGUGUAAAUUUAGAUUAACCAGGUAGCACAAAUGGCACCCUAUUUAGGUAUUUACUAAUAAUAGCAUAAAUCACUGGCUUACGACAUUCCACUACUAAUUGUGGUGUGACUUUUUUUUAAAAAAUGUUUUUAUUUUAUUUAUUCUGAGUGAGUUUUUAAAAACUAAUUAACAGGCUCUUUCCGCUGUUAUUCAUUUUAUUUUGAAAUGCCUUCUGUGCCUUAUUCAUUUCCAUCACUUGAUUGAUGUCUGAAUAAAAUAAACACUUAUUGAAUAA